AUGGCGCAGUUGGCCCAGCAACGCACCCGGGUUGAGGCGUCAGGGAAACCAGCGCCCUUGGCAUGGGGCCGUCCAUUUGCGCUGCUGAGUGGAUCGCCGGCGCUGCGCCUUGGUUCGAGCACGGAGAAUAUCGAACGAAAAAGUGGCCCAAACGCAAUUAAGGCUGCGAUCCGGCAGGCCUUCAUCAAGAUGCAGAUCUUCGUCAAGACCCUUACGGGUAAGACUAUCACCCUUGAGGUGGAGUCCUCGGACACCAUUGACAAUGUCAAGUCCAAGAUCCAGGACAAGGAGGGAAUCCCCCCUGACCAGCAGCGUCUGAUCUUCGCUGGCAAGCAGCUCGAGGACGGCCGUACUCUUUCUGACUACAACAUCCAGAAGGAGUCCACCCUUCACCUCGUGCUCCGCCUGCGUGGUGGUGGUAAGAAGCGUAAGAAGAAGGUCUACACCACCCCCAAGAAGAUCAAGCACAAGCGCAAGAAGACCAAGCUUGCCGUCCUCAAGUACUACAAGGUCGACGGUGAUGGCAAGAUCGAGCGUCUCCGCCGCGAGUGCCCCGCCCCAGAGUGUGGUGCCGGUGUCUUCAUGGCUGCUAUGCACAACCGUCAGUACUGUGGCAAGUGCCACCUCACCUACGUCUUCGACGAGUCCAAGUAA